ACUAGGAGGCAGAUAAUACUGCAGUUACAAACCUGCAGCCCUAGCCAUGUUUACUCAAUAAAUCCGGUGAAAUUCAAUGGGGUAUACUCCCAGUGCUGAGCCAAUGAAGAGAGAACUAAACCUAAAGUUAGCCUGUUAUCGCUGAAGGCUUCUGCAAAAGCGAGAAAAGCAACACAAAAAUGUUCUUGUUUUGAACAUCAUUAGGAGUUUGAACUGAGUACAGAACCACUGAGUCACACAGUGUGUACCAGACUCCAGGACACUGAGCUGAAGGAAUUUAAUGAAGAGCUUCAAAAGCAAAUCCUCAAGAGGCUAAGGCUGCAGUCCUAACCCCACUUACCUGGGACUGGAUUAAAGAUAACAAGCACCAUAAACUACUCACCGAUUACCAUUAACAACUGGAAUUUCCAACAUGUUGACAAUUGUCAUGAUAAUUAUCUUGUGAGACAUACAACAGAGCAAGGCAAGUUAUAUAGUAUUGGUCUGGUUGAUGCAUUAUAACAAAUAUUAGAAGAUAGCUUGCAUGACCUCAGUGUAUGAAUGCUCUGAAGCCACUUGAGGCUGCCAGGUCAAGGCCUGGGAUCUUCUGGGAGCCUAAUGUAUGCCAUCUUAGUUUCCAUGAUGAAAGGAAGGUGGGAUAUAAAUGUUUCCAUCAACACUUGGCUUAAAUUGUUUCAAGUCAUCAUAUUAAAGACUCUAUGGCAUCGGAGAUGAACCCAGUAGGGCAUUCCCAGCUACCGUCAGCUGAUGGAUUUUCUCUUUCUGAAGCUCCUCAUUUAUUUGGUUUACUUCCAGAGGCAAUGACUUCUCCAGUGCAAGAUUCUGAUGUGUCACCCUAUUCACAGUACAACGCUGUGCACUUUUCUCCAGUACAGCCUCCAAUUUCUUCGCCACCUUAUUACUCCAGCCUUAGCAUCUGUCCGCAGCAGCCUGAAGAAUGGUUUUCACCUGUAAUGUAUGAGCUCAGAAAAAUGCCCUCUGAUAACUUUUUCACAAAGGAGCCAGACCUCGGGGGGAUGCCUGUGGUCAAGAAGUCUCGGAUGGGCCCUUCCUCUGGAAGAAUGAAAGGAGAGGAGCUGUGUGUUGUCUGUGGUGACAAGGCCUCUGGGUACCAUUACAAUGCCCUUACUUGUGAAGGCUGCAAAGGUUUCUUCAGAAGAAGUAUCACCAAAAAUGCUGUAUACAAGUGUAAAAAUGGAGGGAACUGUGAGAUGGACAUGUAUAUGAGAAGAAAGUGUCAGAAGUGCCGUUUGCAGAAGUGCAAAGAAGUAGGAAUGCUAGCUGAAUGUUUGUUAACAGAAAUACAGUGCAAGUCAAAACGGCUAAGAAAAAAUAUAUCCCAGCCUCUAAACCAGACAACUGGUGAAGAUACUGAGGGGCCUGACUUGAAGCAAGUGUCAUCUACGACCAAACUCUACAAGGAGAAAGUAGAACUAACCCCAGAACAGCAGAAUCUUCUUCACUAUAUCAUGGAUUCAUAUAAUAAACAACGAAUUCCUCCUGAAGUGUCCAGAAAGCUUUUGCAAGAAGAAUUCAGUGCUGAGGAAAAUUUUCUCAUCUUAACAGAAAUGGCCACCAGUCAUGUACAGGUCCUUGUGGAAUUCACCAAAAGAUUACCAGGUUUUCAAACCCUUAACCACGAGGAUCAGAUUGCUUUGCUAAAGGGUUCCGCAGUGGAAGCCAUGUUUCUUCGGUCAGCUGAGAUUUUCAACAGGAAACUUCCUAUUGGGCAUGCUGACCUCCUAGAAGAAAGAAUUCGCAACAGUGGUAUCUCAGAUGAAUACAUAACACCCAUGUUCCAUUUCUAUAAAAGUGUUGGGGAACUGCAGAUGAGUCAAGAAGAAUAUGCUCUACUCACAGCAAUAGUUAUCUUAUCUCCAGACCGGCAAUACGUACAGGAUAGAGAGUCUGUGGAAAGGCUUCAAGAGCCACUGCUUGAAGUUCUGCAAAAAUUCUGCAAACUUUAUCACACAGAUAAUCCUCAACACUUUGCAUGUCUCCUGGGUCGUCUUACAGAACUGCGGACUAUUAAUCACCACCACGCAGAUAUGUUGAUGUCUUGGCGAGUUAAUGACCACAAGUUUACACCUCUUCUUUGUGAAAUAUGGGAUGUACAGUGAUUUUUUUAAAAAAAAAAUUUGAUUGUAAUCCUAAGCACAUUUACUUGGAACCAAUGGAACUUACUUCAUGUACGUGCAUUCAGGGUCAGGUCCUUUGUUUUGUAAUUAUUAUUUUUUAAACCACAAAAAAAAACAUUCAUAGUAAGUUUUUCUUAUUGGAGUUUACAUUGAUUAUUAUUUACCAAGCACUAUUAAAAUACUUUCACAUGGGAAGCUGGACUAACUGACCUGGCCUCUAAGCAUCUUGGAACAAAAAUGAACUCCCUCCUUCAUGCCUAAGCAGGUAUCCUGUUGUUCCUUUUGAAAUUAAACUGAUUGUAUCUCCAUUUCUUCCUUUUAAAUUCAUGAGAAGAUGUCCAUGUUUGUUCAUCACUUACUCUAAAUGCUUCAUUAAUACACAGUGUUGUAGUUGGUGUAAGAAGUCAGUAAAAAUAACUCUGCCCAAGCAUCUGUGUUUGUGUGUGUGUUCAAACACUCCAGAAUAUUAUUUUUUAAAAAUAUUUUUGUUAAAUUUUCAAAAAAGGACAACAUACAGCAGGUUAUAUUAACUUGUACAUGCUUUUCUCAAGUAAACAACUGAACGUAAAAUAUAAACUUAUGCA